GGAGCAUCGGGGCUCGACGGCGCGGCCACCCGGCCGCCAUGGCGGCGCACGGGAAGCUGCGGCGGGAGCGGGGGCUGCAGGCCGAGUAUGAGGCGCAAGUCAAAGAGAUGCGCUGGCAGCUGAGCGAGCAGCUGCGCUGCCUGGAGCUACAGGGCGAGCUGCGGCGGGAGCUGCUGCAGGAGUUGGCUGAGUUCAUGCGGCGCCGGGCUGAGGUGGAGCUGGAGUACUCCCGGGGCCUGGAAAAGCUGGCCGAGCGCUUUGCCAGCCGCGGAGGCCGCCUGGGGGGCAGCAGCCGGGAGCAGCAAAGCUUCCGGAAGGAGCCGUCCCUUCUGUCGCCCUUGCACUGCUGGGCUGUGUUGCUGGAGCAGACACGGCAGCAGAGCCGGGAUAGUGCAGCCCUCAGCGAGGUGCUGGCGGGGCCCCUGGCACAGCGCUUGAGUCACAUCGCAGAGGAUGUGGGGCGUGUCGUCAGGAAGAGUAAGGACCUGGUGCAGCAGCUGCAGGAUGAGCUCCUGGAGGUGGUCUCAGAGCUCCAGACGGCCAGGAAGACAUACCAGGCGUACCACGUGGAGAGCGUGAAUGCUGAGGCCAAGCUCCGGGAAGCUGAGCGGCAGGAGGAGAAGCGGGCAGGCCGGAGUGCCCUGCCUACCAUCACGGCCACUGCUGUCGCUGCUGCCGCCACCACCGCUGCCGCCACCGAGUCGGGGCCCCUCCUCCGCAAGAGCUCCCUCAAGAAGGGAGGGCGUUUGGUGGAGAAGCGUCAGGCCAAGUUCUUGGAGCACAAACUCAAGUGCACCAAGGCAACGCAUGAGUACCUGCUCAGCCUCCAGUGUCAACGCCGCGUUAGCAACUACUUCGUACGUGAUGUCUUGGACCUCAUGGAUUGCUGUGACACAGGUUUCCUUGCCCUGGGGCAGGCCUCCGCAGCUACACAGUCCCGAAAGCCGCACCAGGCGUCCCAGUUGCAGGGCCUGGGCAGUCUGGAAGAGGCGCUGGAGGCCCUGGAACCUCCAGGGGACAAAGCCAAGGUGCUGGAGGUGCACGCAAUGGCCUUCUCCCCGCAGCGUUUUGACUACCAGCCCCACGACGGCGAUGAGGUGGCUGAGAUCCGGGUUGAGAUGGAGCUUCGCGAUGAGAUUUUGCCCAGAGCCCAAAAUAUCCAGAGUCGUCUGGACCGGCAGACCAUUGAGACAGAGGAGGUGAACAAGACGCUGAAGGCAACACUGCAGGCUCUGUUGGAGGUGGUGACAUCCGACGAUGUAGACAUGCUGGACUCUUUCCGCCAGCCCUCCACUGAGUCCCUCAAGUCCACUAGCUCAGACCCAGGCACCCGGCAGGCAGGCCGGAGACGGGGCCAGCAGCAGGAAACGGAGACCUUCUACAUCACGAAGCUCCAGGAAUAUCUGAGCGGCCGGAGCAUCCUUGCCAAGCUGCAGGCUAAGCAUGAGAUGCUGCAGGAGGCCAUACAAAGAGGUGACAAGGAGGAGCAGGAGAUGUCUUGGACGCAGUACACACAGAGAAAAUUGCAGAAGAGUCGUCAGCCCCGCCGUUCUCAGUACAACCAGAGACUCUUUGGAGGAGACCUGGAGAAGUUUAUUCAGAGCUCAGGCCAACCUGUGCCCCUGGUGGUGGAGAGCUGUAUCCGCUUCAUUAACCUCAACGGCCUGCAGCAUGAGGGCAUCUUCCGUAUAUCAGGUGCCCAGCCCCGAAUCUCAGAGAUCCGAGAAGCCUUCGAGAGAGGGGAGGACCCUCUGGUGGAGGGCUGCACCCACGACCUCGACUCAGUGGCUGGCGUGCUGAAGCUCUACUUCCGGAGCCUGGACCCCAUCUUCCCCCCAGACCUGUUUAAUGAACUGCUGGCUUCUGCAGAGCUGGAGGCUGUGGUGGAACGGGUGGAACCUGUGAGCCAGCUGCUGACCCGACUGCCUGGACCGGUGCUGGUGGUCCUGCGCUACCUUUUUGCCUUCCUCAACCACCUGGCCCUAAGUGACGAGAACAUGAUGGACCCCUACAACUUGGCCGUGUGCUUCGGGCCGACGUUGCUGCCUGUGCCUGCUGGGCAGGACCCCGUGGCCUUGCAGGGCCGGGUGAACCAGCUGGUGCAGACGCUCAUCCUGCAGCCGAUACGGGUUUUCCCAUCCCUAGCUGCACUGCCAGGCCCUGUCUAUGAGGAAGUGCAUGGCACACCUUCCGCCAGCUGUCUGGGGGACACGCAGCUGGAGAGCCUUGCAGGGGAGAAUGAGCCAGAGCUGGAAGCUGGGAGCACCGCUCAUGAGGAUGAUCUGGAUGGGGGGGUCGUGGAGGCUGUGGCCUGCUUUGCCUACACUGGCCGCACAGCCCAGGAGCUGACAUUCCAGCGAGGGGACGUGCUGCGGCUGCAUGCUCGGGCAUCGAGUGACUGGUGGCGUGGGGAGCAUGCCGGCGUGCGAGGACUCAUUCCACACAAGUACAUCGCACUGCCUGAGGG